ACCACAUAUCACAUAUACAGCCAGCCACACUAUAUUUACUUGUCAUUCUCUUCUUCUGAGCCUACAAUCCUCACUUCUCUUCACACUUCUUUCUCCAAAGCCCACAAACCCCCAGAAAAGAAAAAGAAAGCACGACUACCCUUAUAUAAAUGUAAGUGACCCAUUUCAAAAGAUUAUAAAUCAUCCCUAACCUUAAAUCUCAUAUUUAUUCCUGCCAUGCCUACUUCUAGCUCCGUUCACCAAUGGCUAAGCCUUGUGGGCAUCAUAUGGCUUCAAUCUUUUAAUGGAACAAACACCAACUUUCCUGCUUACUCUUCUCAACUAAAACAACUCCUAUCCAUGUCACAACUGCAGUUAAACAACCUGGCCUUCGCCUCCGAUGCAGGAAAAAUCUUUGGUUUCUUUUCGGGAAUUGCAGCUUUAUACCUUCCCUUAUGGCUAGUUCUUUUAAUAGGUUCUACUCUUGGUUUGAUUGGUUAUGGAGUUCAAUAUCUCUUUCUAACAAAUUAUAUUACAUCUCUUUCUUAUACCCAUAUUUUCUUGCUCACCGUUAUAGCAGGAAAUAGUAUUUGUUGGAUCAACACGGUUUGUUACGUUGUAGCUAUCAAAAAUUUUCCUUUUGAUCGCCAAGUUGCCGUUGGAUUAAGUACUAGUUAUCAAGGGUUAAGUGCUAAACUAUAUACUGUCCUUGUCGAUGCUUGUUUCUCUUCUUUUCCUGCUGCAAAAGCUAAAGCUUAUCUUCUUUUUAGCUCUGUGUUACCAUUUUUUGUCUGUGUUAUGGCUACUCCAGUUGUCAGAGACAUCGAUCAUAUCAGGAACAGUAAAAACAUGAAAAGUGGGUUUUUGGUAAUUUUCUUUAUUACAAUAGCUACCGGAAUAUAUGCCAUUAUUAGUAGCUUAAGGUCAAUGACCAGUGUUUUAUCACCACUGGGUAGUGCAAUUGGUGUUCUAGUGUUUUUGCUGGCUCCACUUUUGAUACCAUUGACGGUGAAGAUUAGAGACAUGCUAUCAGUAAAAAAAGAGGCUAAAGUGUACAAUUUUACUGCGGAAGAGAAGGGUAAUAAUGUAGAAAGAAUGGAAAAUAGGGUUAAAGAAGGAGAGGAUGAAGAAAGGGAAGAAAAUGGGAAUGAGGUAGGUGUGAAAGAAGAGAUUGGAGUGAAAGUGAUGUUAAAAAGAUUGAAUUUUUGGUUAUAUUUCUUGGUGUAUUUACUUGGAGCAACACUUGGGCUUGUUUACUUGAAUAAUUUGGGACAAAUAGCUGAGUCUCGAGGAUGCCUAGGGACUUCCUCUUUGGUUUCUUUGUCUUCCUCCUUUGGAUUCUUUGGUCGUAUUAUUCCUUCUUUGAUGGAGUAUUUCCUCUCCAGGAGUAAGAAUAUGAUUCCAAGGACAGCUUCAAUAGCAGCAUUAAUGGCUCCAAUAGCAGGAGCCUUUUUCUUACUUCUCAACACCUCGCACAUCUGUCUCUACAUAAGCACUGCAGUUAUCGGUGUCUGCACCGGAGCCAUUACUUCAAUUUCUGUGUCCACAACAACAGAGCUAUUUGGCACCAAAAAUUUUAGCAUAAACCAUAACGUUUUGGUUGCUAAUAUACCGUUAGGUUCUUUCGUUUUUGGCUACUUAGCUGCUCUUCUCUAUCAUAAAGAAGGCAAUGGAGAUGGAAAAUGCAUGGGAACGAAAUGUUACAGAAAUACUUUUAUUAUUUGGGGUUCUCUUUGUUUUCUUGGGACUUGUCUUGCUCUAGUCCUAUAUGCUCGUAAUCGAAAAUUCUACUUACAACGGUUAGAUUAUAGGUGAUAAUGUUUAAUGUAAAUAUAAUGUAAUCAAAUACCUGCUUGUAACACAGGCAAACAGGGUUUCAAGCAUCCCUAUUUUGCCUAUUUUCUAACUCAAAAAAAAAAUAAUUAUUCAAC